AGUCUUAACGAUGCACCUGCUGAACCAGGUUGGAAAAUGGACUGUCUAUCGAUACUGCGUUCAGUUAUGGCAGACCCAUGCGCGUCACACUUCUUGCAGGCAAAUGCAGUAACAAAUGAGGAUGUGGCACUGGCUUUGCGACAAACUUGUGAUCUGACAUCUUUGUUUGACGCACUUGAGCGAGGAGAUAUCGACCAGCCAGCUACCUUGCUUCACGAUGUCGAAAAAAUGGUACAUGCUUGUAAGAUGAGCAUAGACGACAAACGCUCACCGAUCUACAGGGACAGUUUAGCCCUUGGUAGCUUGUUCGCUGAACGAAUGAAAGGUGUGAUAAGUCAGUACGAGCGGAUUUGGAAAAGUUUGAUUGAUCCCGCCGGAAGGAGUUUACGGCGACGAAUUCGUCGAGAACGCACACAGUCCAAAUACAAUACUCGAAGGUACCUCUGCUCUUUUACGUCUUUCAAGCUUUUUGAGCGUUUAGUAAUUCCAUUACUGGCAGUUUCGAAGAGAGGAGUAAGGUUUGAUAACUGGACUUCGCGAGAGAUUGGUGCCAAGCACAGACGGCAUACUCUUGCUCUAGAAUAA